AUGGAUGUUGGCACUAGACUGAGUACUGAUGACAGUAAUCUAUUUGAGAGCCCUACAUUAUAUCACAGCACAAUAGGAGCCUUGCAGUACCUAACACUGACUAGACCAGAUAUUAGCUUCACAGUUAAUCGUUGUAGUCAGUUUUUACAAGCCCCAACUGAGUUACAAUGGCAAGCAUGCAAGCGAGUUCUGCGAUAUGUUAAAGGGACACACUAUGGGCUACAGUUUAAACUAGCAAGUUCCCUAAACAUUGAGUGCUAUGCUGAUGCGGAUUGGGGUAGUAAUGUUGAAGAUAGAAGAUCUACUAGUGGAUAUUGUGGCUAUCUUGGACCUAAUCUAAUUCAGUGGAGCUCUAGGAAACAAAAAGUUGUUGCGUUAUCAUCCACUGAAGCUGAAUACAGGGCGUUAGCACAAACUGCUACAGAGGUUGCAUGGCUUCAAAGUAUGUUCACUGAACUCAGCCUUCACUUUCCCUCAAAACCUGUAAUUUGGUGUGACAAUACAAGUGCUGGAGCCUUGGCUUCAAAUCCAGUCUUUCAUGCAAGAACAAAGCAUAUAGAAAUAGAUGCUCACUACAUUAGGGAGCAAGUUCUUGCCAAGAAUCUGACAGUUCAAUAUGCACCAUCAAAAUUGCAGAUUGCAGAUGUGUUGACAAAGGCAUUAUCUGUUGUUCAAUUUACUGAGCUAAGGUAG